AUGAAGAUCUCCGCCUUCAUCGCCUCCGCCAUCCUUGCCGCCUUGCCAGUUCCUGCCCCCGUCGCUCCACCCGCUGCUGAGGGAACGAGAUGGCCCGUUUGGGGGCGUGAUGCUGAAGCCGCUCCCGUCGCUCCACCCGCUGCUGAAGGAACGAGAAAGCCCGUUUGGGGGCGUGAUGCUGAAGCCGCUCCCGUCGCUCCACCCGCUGCUGAAGGAACGAGAAAGCCCGUUUGGGGACGCAACGCUGAAGCCGCACCCGCUCCUAACCCACAGAAGCAUAAGCCCGUCUGGGGACGCGCUCCUGAAGCUGGGAAGUGGGUGUAUCCCGGAACGAAGCCCGUUUGGGGACGCGACGCUGAAGCUGCUCCCGCUCCUGACGCAGGGAGAAGGCCAGUUUGGGGGCGCAACGCUGAAGCUGCGCCCGCUCCUAACCCACAGGGUGGGCCCCUUUGGGACACCAAAGUUGGCGCGACCGAAGACGAUGAGGAGUAA